CUAACUGACCAUUAUUACUAGCUCUGCAACAGCCUGCACUCGCACGUCCCGUCUUGCCUUGUCUCCGGGUGGUGGAGCGCCUCUUCCCCUUCUCUCUUUGUUUUGUCGAUGGAGGUGGAGUACUAGUAGGUCCAUUUCCAUUUCAUCCCCCCUGAAGCAGCCAGGCAUUUCCCCUGAAGCAGCCAUGGCGACCUUCUGGGGAUUGGAGUUGAAGCCCGGUGAGGCCUACACCCAUCACUCCGCGCCCGCCCGCCUCCGGAUUACCCAGGCUGUGCUGGGCAGUUGUGAUCAAGGUUGGACUACACUACAAUGUGAUACCAAUGACAGGGAGACUGUGCGCCUCUGUGUUUUAAAUCCUGGGCUUGCUGUGGCAUGUCACCUAGAGCUGGAAUUACAGAAGGAUGAGAAUGUUCUCUUAUCAGUUGACGGACAGAACUCGAUACACCUGUCCGGAUACUACACCUGUUCCCAUAGUGGCAAUCAUGGGCGCAAUAGUCAGAAGCCCACUAGUAAAGCUGUAGGAAGUACUGGCUUCAAUAAAAAGCAUCAAGAUAUUUCUGACAAGGCACCAGUGAUAGAGGAGAUACUAGAUGACCAGACAGUACAGCAGCAACAGCAGCAAGGUGUUAACAUCAGCUCGAAGGAUGUAGAACCUUCUCAUAAAAAUGGUCAUGGACAAAAUAGUGAAUGGGCCACUUGUGGUAAUGGUACUGAUGAUGACAAUGAUAAUAAUGGUGCUAUGUUUUAUCCUUCAUCUCGCAACAAAAUGGAAGUAGACGAGCCCACAGGAAGUAAAGACAAUGAUUAUGAUUAUUGGCUUCCUUUCCUUGAUGCUUCUGUAAAGAGAAAGGCUUCUGAAACUGAUGGAGAAAAUGUGUACACAGAGAAGGGGGAGUUGAAGACGCCAAAGAUAGAGAAUGUGCUAAGUGAUCAAAGUGUGGAUAUGGAUCAAGUUAAUGAACAAACGUGCUCAAAAAAUGUGGAACCUAAUGAAAUUGAUGAUGUAAAGCCAACUCGAGGUCACAAGAAUACCAUGGAAGUAGUACUUCCUCUCCUUGAUUCUUCUGUAAAGAGAAAGGCUGCUGAGAUUGAUGGAGAAAAGGUGCAAAUAGAGAAGGCCAAAUUGAAGAUGCCAAAGACAGAGGAUGUACCAAGUGAUCAAAAUAAUGCUAAUCAAGUGAAUGAACAAAUAUGCUUUAAAACUGUGGGGUCCAAUGCAAUUGAUGACGCAAAGUUAAGUCUAGGUCACCAGAAUACCCUGGAAGAUCUUGACAAGAGUCAGGAGCUAAAUGUUUCACAAACAAAAGGGCAGAAUGAUGUUGCAGAUCAAAUUACAAAUCAAGACACGCCUACAAUCACGAGCUCUGAUGAACGCUACAUUUUUACUGGUGCUCUUGAAACUGAUAUUGAACAAAAAAAUCGAGGGGCUGAAAAUGAACAAGUUGAGGUCCAUCGUUGCCCCUUUGAGGUGCUUGAUAAUGGUAUCAAAGUGGAGCAUCUGGUUGAGGGGAAUGCUAAAGCCAAAGUUGCAUCUAAGGGCAAACAGGUUUGUGUGAGGUAUUGUGGUCGGUUGAUCAAUGGUGAAGUUAUCGACCCUACUAACCUUGACGACGACACCCAUACAUUCAGGCUUGGUGCGGGUGAAGUCAUUCCUGGAUGGGAUAUUGGCAUUCUUGGCAUGCGUGUUGGUGGCAAAAGGAGACUCACAAUCCCUCCUGCUCAAGGCUAUGGUGAUGUUGCGACACCAAAGAUACCAGCAAACUCUUGGCUCGUGUAUGAAGUCGAGUUGCUGGAAGUGAAGCGAGCCAAAAGGGCACGUUGACUGGCCUUCUACAUGUUACCUAGAUGAAUGUUUUGGAUGCCAUCUUCUAUUUUACCCUAGUGCCAAUGCCUCGUGAUUCAGUUUGCGUCUUUUGCUGUCCCAUAUAUGCGCAUACUUGUGCUUGCUUGACACUACUACAGCUUUUGGGGAUCUUUAGAAGUGAAGUAGUUGUGGAUGUGUUGUGAACUUGUUGAACAACUUGGAAGUUUCUCGGCAUCUAGUCUAAUUAGCAAGCAUGCUGCUGCUGUAUAUAUGACUAUAAUGGGGAGCAUUGCAAUAUAUAUAUGGGACUAUAUAUAUAUAUCCUCCGAUGCAGCAAGUUCAUUUAAUUAGUGCGUUUUGGAUUGUAAAAAAAAAAGUGACCUGCCAUAUAUAAUUGGUGGCUUGCCUGCCUUGUUUUGAUUACUUGGAAGUGAUAGAAGAUAGAUGAAUAAAUUUGUUUGCUGGACU